AUGUCCAAUGUCACUCAGAAGGACAAGCUCCCCUUAGAUCGAAUGUAUAUUCAGAUUGAGUCGCAUUUAAGAGCACUGAAGACUCUAAAUUUGGCGACAGCGGAUCCAGCAACGUGGUUGUUCCCGUUAGUAGAAUCCAGUUUACCAGUAGAGACCUUGCAAGCUUGGCAGAGAAGUCCCAUGUCGAAGCAUGAUGGAUCAGCAGACCGCCCACCAAGGACCUGUUUGGACCUGCUGAUGGAGUUCAUAAAGGCUGAAGUACAGGGACAACAGCAAAUUGCCUUAGCUCAAUACGGUUUUCAAGAUUAUGGCGCCAGAGACAAGAGGAGCAGAAGAAGCGAAAAGGGAGAAAGUCCAGUGACCGCAGCUGCCCUGUUUGCUGGAGACGCCAAGGUCCAGUUAUGCAUUUUCUGUGCGAAGUCUGGACAUCAAAGUCACGUGUGUUAUAAAGCGAAGAAGAUGACACAUGAAGAGAAAAUUGCCAAGAUAAAGGAAGCUCAUUCUUGCUUCAAGUGCUUGAAACGAGGACACGUUUCGAAAAAGUGUCAAGUUUCUGUCAAUUGUCCCAUCUGCAACAAAUCCCACUAUCCAGUAAUGUGUGAGGAGAAGAAGCUGAGUGAAUCGGACGAGAUGAAGGAAGUCACUGAAGGUGUGAGAACAAUGGUAUCCUCGCAGCCGAGAAUGUUGACACUGGAAUCUUCAUCAAGCGAUCCGAAAAUAGUACUCAGAGGGACUAUGCAAGUUAAAGUAACCGGAGCGAAUAAUCAAGAGAAGACAGUAAGAAUUCUCGUGGACUCCGGAAGUGAUGUCAGCUACAUCAAAAGUUCACUAGCCCGUGAGCUGAAGUUGAAAGCGAUCGGGAAGCGUGUAUUUCAAACUGAAGUGUUCGGAGGAAAUUUCGAAAUCUCUCAGCGAACAGAAUAUGCAGUUCAACUCAAGGGGAUCAACGGCGGAGAAACGAAAUUCAAUGCAUUCUCUGAAGAUAAGAUUUGUGGAGUGUGUAAUCCGAUCCCGCAUGGACCCUGGGUGACUGAAUUAAGAAAAUUGAAUGUGUAUUUGUCGGAUGUUGCAUCGGAACCAUCUGAAAUACAUAUAUUGAUCGGGUCAGACCAAAUUGGAAGAUUACUUACAGGAAGAAUGAUCAAGGUCAACCCAACUAUCACUGCCACCGAGACGUCAAUUGGUUGGUACUUAAAUGGAGAAGUACCAGUGCAGAAACAUCAGUCGAUGGCAGCUAGGAGUAUCGCGAUGAGCACGCGAGCUCAUGACAUCAGUGUGCUUUGGGAGCUGGAGAGCAUGGGCAUCAAGGAUCCAGCGCUACAGUCCAGCCGUGAAGAUCAUGACAACAAAGUCAAAGAAGAUUUCCAAAAGAAUUUGAAGAGGUCAGAGGAUGGCAGGAAGCUGCCGUGGAUCAACGGGACUGCUCCUCUCCCUCAUAAUAAAGAAGUAGCAGAGAAAAGACUGAUCUAG